AUGGCCAGUGAUCUCCCCGCAGAGUCCAAAGCUAGCAUUGAGAAGUCAUUAGAAGAAUUGAAUAUACAGACCAAAAAGCCCGAUCCUGAUAUUUCGCGGCUAAGUCUGUCAGCGGCCGACACCAUAGCCACCACCACUGUCAAGGGAAGCACAGAGAAGAAAAGCGCACAGAAAAAGAAGGCUGCUGUCGCCGACUCUUGGGAAGAUGAACUUUCCGAGGAAGAGUAUGACACUUCUACCACUGAAACAGAAAAGGAAAGUGACACAACGGCCAAGUUGACAAGCCCACUGACUCCAACAAAAUCCGAGGGGCCAUUAGCACCUCCUCCAACACCAAGCACAAACUACGAUGGAGAUGAUUACGGUCUUCCACAGUGGGGCAGGGUUCCUUCCUCAAAUACUAUUACUUCCUCCGCAGCACCGGGUAGGGUUCGAGAUGGCGCUCGUGUUAGACCGGAGAAACAGACUGCGGUAGCUAGUAGGUUGAUUGCUGGUGCAUUAGGGAUACGCGCUCCGAAACGAACGGAGGAGCAACGUGCUUAUGACAGAGCUAUGAAGGAAAAGGAGAUUAAACGUCGAAAUAAAGAGAAGGAAGAAGAGGCAAAAGCUAGACAGGAUGAGGAACGUGUAAAGGCGGCUGUAUGGGAUGCGUGA